AUCUACGAGUAUGCUUACCCAGACGUGGCCAUUGCGUAUGGUGAUUUUGAGAAUCGGAUCGAGUGGUCAGGAAGCAAGGAAACGUCUGACAUACAGGAAGCUACAAUCACGGUCCACAAUGUCAGCUUCUCAGAUGCUGGCACUUACCGGUGCUUCUUCAACCGCACCUUCAGCUACAGGAAUGGCGAGUUUAUAUUCUUCACCCAAACAAACAAGACCAUCGAACUGGAUGUCGUGGCCAAAGAAAACCGGAAACUAGCAUCCAUCAUUGGAGAGAUCAUGAUGUACUUUCUGAAUGUUGUGCUGACCCUGUGGCUGUUUGCGGAGAUGCUUUACUGCUACAAGAAAAUUGCAGCCGCUGGAGAAGAAGCUAUUCAGGAAAAUGCAUCGGACUACUUGGCAAUUACAUCAGAAAGCAAAGAGAACUGUACAGGGGUACAAGUGGAGGAGUAGCAUCUGUCAAUCAGCAUGACAUCCACAGAGUAUUUUUAAACAUAG